CCGUCCACCCAUGCACCUGUCCCUCCCUCCAUCCUUCCAUCAAUCCAUCCAUCUGCCCAUCCACCUGUGCACCUACCCAUGCACCUGUCCCUCCCUCCAUCCUUCCAUCCAUCCAUCCAUCCGUCUAUCCAUCCACCCAUCCACCCUUGCAGCUGUCCCUCCCUCAUUUCCUCCAUCCUUCCAUCCAUCCAUUAA